UGUUUUUCUAAUUGUGUUUUUGGUAGUAGGAAUAGUAAUUUUCCGACAAUUGCAAGCCAAGAAAAAUAAAAAAACAUCGUCCUUGAAAGAAAUAGUUAUCCGACCAACCAAAAAGCAUUCAGCUAGUGUGAUUUUCCUUCAUGGUUUAGGAAACAACGCUGAAAACCAGCGAAGAAUUUGCCAGCCAUUAACCAAAAACUUCCCUCAUAUUAAGUUUAUCAUUCCCCAAGCCCCUACUAUCUCAGUAAGUAUGAAUGGAGGUCGACGAAUGCCAGCCUGA